AUGACUUCCCCCGCUCCUCUCCUAAAGAUCCCCACGCCGGGUAACCGUAAACCACCGAAGCUCACAGUUGGAAUCCCCCCUUCGCCCAACGCUCGACCCGUCAACCAGGUUGGCACUACCUCGCAGAGUGACCCACAAGCACAGCAUCUCCCUUCGCGCCAACUGCCACCGGAGUUGAGGAUCGCAACCCCGAUGGGCAGCAGGGGAAUGAUACAACAGGAAGACACCUCAUAUCACAAUGGUCGGCCGAUACCACAGCCAUACAGUAAUUCAUCGAACGACCUCUCAGCCCACUCGAGAUCGGGCAGCUUCACAAUGCAUGAUGGCAAGAACAGUGGCCCUGCAUCCGCUACGUCCUCGUCAUUUUCAACCCUCUCUUUUGCCAUGGGCAUGAGGGAUCCUCUCGGGGGCGCCGGGGAUCCAUCGUCCGCUAUCAGCUCAGUGUACUCCGACCGUGGUGGCGGGCUACCUAUGGAAAGAGAAAAUAGUAUGAAUGGCGUUCUACCCGACCUGGAUAAGUUGAGCCAAGAGUUGGGUAGGCCCUUGGACGUCGAGGACCUCGAUGAUGAGAAAUGGGCCGCUGCAAGCGAACAAAGGAAAAUCAUUGAGCUUGACAGUCUUGGUGAAGGCGCUGGUGGAGCGGUUACUCGAUGCAUACUGAAAGGUGGAAAGACUGUUUUUGCUUUGAAGGUCAUUACGACCGACCCUAAUCCUGACGUGAAGAAGCAAAUAUUCCGAGAACUGAAUUUCAAUAAAGACUGCGCUUCAGAGCAUAUCUGUCGGUACUACGGUGCGUUUAUGGAUAGAUCGUCAAGUACGAUUUCAAUAGCGAUGGAAUUCUGUGAAGGCGGCAGCCUCGAUAGCGUUUACAAGGAAGUCAAGAAACUUGGUGGCCGAACAGGGGAGAAAGUGCUUGGAAAAGUCGCGGAAGGUGUACUAAACGGUUUAACCUAUUUGCAUGGGCGCAAAAUUAUCCACAGAGAUAUCAAACCCUCGAAUAUCCUGCUUUGUCGAACGGGUCAAGUCAAGCUCUGUGAUUUCGGCGUCAGCGGCGAAUUCGGAACCAAAGGCGACGCAAAUACUUUCAUUGGCACAUCCUAUUACAUGGCUCCUGAGCGGAUCACCGGUCAAUCAUAUACUAUAACUUCUGAUGUUUGGUCUCUUGGAGUGACUCUUCUCGAGGUUGCCCAGCAUCGGUUUCCUUUCCCGGCAGACGGAACUGUGAUGCAGCCAAGAGCAGGCCUGAUCGACCUCUUGACAUAUAUUGUCAGGCAGCCCAUUCCCAAGCUGAAAGAUGAGCCAGAGAAUGGGAUAUAUUGGAGUGAUAAUUUUAAAUACUUCAUUGAGUGCUGCUUGGAGAAAGAACCCCCUCGGAGAGCAACGCCGUGGCGGAUGUUGGAGCAUCCGUGGAUGCUUGAAAUGAAAAAUAAGAAGGUUAAUAUGGCGCAUUUCCUGAAGCAGGUUUGGGAUUGGAAAGAGUAGAUCUUUUUUUUUUCUUUUUUUUUUUUUUUAAAAAAAAAAAAAAAAAAAAGAACCGGCGAAGCCGUCAAGUCUGCUUUUCUUUGAACCCAUGGUCUCUCAUUCCCCUCCCCAGCCUCCAUAAGAACAUACAUCUGCAUGCCCUUUAUACCUUGUUCUCUUUUCACAUUUCCGCGUGAAUUUAUCACAUCGUGUGCCUGCUGAUGUCUGGACGUCGUUGGCCGUGCUUAUUACUAUGUUCACCUUUGUAACGCAUGUUUUAUUUCUUCCCAGCUUGCUCCUUUUUUCAAGUGGCAUCUUUCUACUUCAUCUUGUUUUUAUCUCUCUCCCUUUUCUGUUCCCGCUUCGAUGAUUGCUUCUGCAAAAAUAUGGAGUUCUCUAGGAUAUGUUUCUUUUCAUUUUUCCUUUUGGUUUUAGCAGCUUGAGUACUCGAUAAUGUGGCGGAAUAAUGACUCUGUUUUAUCUGA